AAACUGAUACGGAACACAAUUCAUAUUUGGCAUACUCUUGGCUGUUUUCAGGGUUCCAUAUCUAAACUCUUAUAGUGUGUCUACUUGUAUCGUAUUGAUUUUUGUUAGCAUUUCUAAUGAUAAUUUUAAAAUCAUAAAUAAUAAUUUGAUUUAAGUAAUUGAAAAUUCAGUUCGCCAUUAACACAUAGUAUAAAGUAGUAAAGAUAAUAACAAUUCAAUUCACAUUUGUAUUCCGUCAUUCUGAUAAAUUCAUUACAUCGUAGCACAGUAACAGUUAUGUAUUAUACGCCGACUGACCCUUAAGCGGUCCAACCUAUUACCAUUCUCACUAUUCAACGAUAAAUACGUAAUUUCAUGUCAUAUUGACCGAGGACGCCUCAAUAGAUAAUCUUUUAUCUGGUUAUUAAAUAAUGAGACGAGUGGCGCGCGGACGCCGCGCCGGACGGACACAGCAAGUGCGCCCGCGCUAGUUUCGUGACGACCGCCAACAGAGGUAUAUCUCUGAACUUGCCGGAGUUGCCAAGUGUCGAUCUCGUUGACUUUUCUACUGCUGGACGUGGUCGUGCGAAAUUGUAUAUAGUUUAAAGUCUCUUCAACUGGGUCGUGUGUGCUUUCUAUAAGUGAUCUGUCAGUGAACAUGUGUUGUUUUACGGAAUUCGCUUUUGGCGCACGCUAGUUCGGAUAUUGCCAAGAUGACGUCCUCGGCUAAGCAUGAGGUCACGGCGGUGGUGUGGUGUCCGCAUGGAAGCCCGGCGGACUGGUGAUCCCGCGCUGCACACGCUGCGAGCGCAGUUUCGUCGCGCCCUGCCGGAAUGGACCGCGCGCGCCUCUCGCCGCCGCCGGACUGCACGAACAAUCGGUCGAUCCAAGGAGGACCCCGCGAAACCCCUGAUACCCCAGCCCCGCCUGCGGAGGCCUUAAACGACCCAGAGACUCCGCGGCCCGCGCCGCGUGCGCUACCCUCUAUUCCCGAGAGCGAGCCUCUCCUCCGCGACCCGCUCAGUGUCAGUGCUAUCAGUGAUAAUGUUGCGCGGAAAACGAACGGUCGUGUCCUGCAUGUGCAGUUCGACGCGCAGUCGCCCCCGGCGCCUGUAUCCGUAUCUAGUUCUAGUUCGAGUUCCUCAGACGACGAAGAUGUGUCGAUCGCGGAAGCCCGGCCUCCGGACGGUGGUUGGGGUUGGGUCGUCGUAUUUGCAUCUUUCAUGGUUAAUCUCAUCGCCGAUGGAAUCACAUUUAGUUUCGGCGUAUUCUUCCCUCAUUUCCUCGAAUACUUUGGCGAGGGAAAAGGAAAGACGGCAUGGAUUGCGGGGAUAUUUAUGGCAAUGCCCCUUCUCUCUGGCCCGAUCGCUAGUUUUUUAACGGACAGGUACGGAUGUCGCCGUAUGACUAUAUUUGGUUCAAUAAUGGCGACCAUCGGCUUUGUUAUUUCCGCAUUUGUGGACAAUAUGGAGACUCUGUUUUUGACUUUUGGCAUUAUGGCCGGCUUUGGCUUGAGCUUGUGUUAUGUUGCGGCAGUUGUUAUAGUCGCAUAUUAUUUUGAGAAGAAACGUUCCCUUGCAACUGGAAUUUCAGUUUGUGGGAGUGGCAUUGGAACUUUCAUAUUUGCCCCUCUAACGAAUCUUUUACUCGAUGAGUACGGCUGGCGUGGAACUACGCUAAUAUUAGCAGGAUUGUUUUUGAAUAUUGCGGUUUGUGGCAUGCUCUUUAGAGAUCUGCCAUGGACGACGACAAUGAACGAGGAGAAGGCCAGAGAGAGAAAACGUAGACGAGAGAGAAAACGAAAUAAACGGUAUGGUUCCUCGGUUGAUAGUUUCUCGGAUAGCAAAAGUAGUGCAGCUGGUUCCACUAAAGUUGAUAAAGUAGACAUUGAAGCAGUUGCGUCUCCUGUUGUUCCACAGUUUAGUUCCUUGGUGGAUUUACCUACUUUUAUGACUGGUGGUGAGGGUAUUUCCCUAGAAGUGUUCGAGUUAAUGUCGAAUAAAGGUCGAGCAUAUGCGAUACUGGCUCAGAAUUAUCCCGGUGUUAUGUUGCCAUCUAGAAGCUUUAGCGACAGUGGAAGACUUCAUGAGCAGUCGCCACCUAGGGGUGUAAUGUCUCCUGGUACCACGCCGGGGGCUAUGUCACCCACUGCAACUCAAGCUCCUGAAAGUAACAAUACUUCAGCACCUCUUAGUGAUAAAGUUGCCAUAUCGCUUUGGUUGAGACGGCAAGGUGCCACGGGCUCCUCUGUUUCCAAGAAGCCCCCGGCGUUCCUCAAAGAUUUGAGAGUGCAUAGACAUUCUCUUACGUACAGAGGUGCAAUGUUGAAUAUCAAUAGAUACAGACUCCGAGCUUCUUCUUGUCCCAAUAUCUUCAGGAACUCAAUGACCACCAUUGCAAAAGAAAAGGUUCAAUGGUACGCUGGUCUCUGGGACUUUUGGGAUCUGGUGGUGGACGUGAUGGACUUCUCCCAUUUCCUCAACCCGGCGUUCCUCGUGUUCUCCUUAUCCAACUUCCUGUUGUACAUGUGGUAUGACGUACCAUACGUGUAUAUAGCGCACAACGCAAUGUCUAUGGGUUUCAACGAGUCACAGUCCUCGAUGUUGAUAUCUAUUAUCGGGAUAUUGAAUAUGUUUGGCGAGAUUCUGCUCGGCUGGGUGGGCGACUUCGAGCGUGUGAACGCGAGCCUGGUGUACGCGGCGUGCAUGGUGCUGUGCGGCGCGGUGACGCUGCUGAUGCCGCUGGUGCAGGCCUACGCGGCCCUCGGCGCCGCCUCGGGGGCCUUCGGCGCCUUCAUCGCGGCCAACUACUCGCUCACCAGCAUUAUACUCGUCGAGCAGAUCACGCUCGAGAAGUUCACCAACGCGUACGGGCUGCUGCUCUUGAUACAGGGCGUCGCCAACCUGAUCGGACCUCCUUUGGCAGGUUGGAUUUAUGACAUAACCGGCUCUUACGACCUCUCAUUCUACAUGGCGGGCGUGUUUAUCGGGAUUUCGGGUGUGAUCCUGGUCAUUCUCCCGCUGUACAAGUGUAUUCGUAAACAGAAACGCAACAAGAUCGAGGAGCCAAAUGUAGGAAAUGGUGAAGUCAAGCAGAACGGGAAGCUUCUAGUGUAAGCGACAUGUUUUCGUUCGAAAUUUGAACCUAUAAAAUAUAGAAAACACUAUUCUGUGUUUGUGAUCAGUUGUUCGAUUUUUGAAUUUAUUAUUUUUUAAUUUUUCUACUUUUUUUUCGUAUGACAAUCGGUGCUUAAUUCGCGCUAAUAUUACUUUUUUUUUAUUUUUCUGAUGUUUUGGCAUAUACGUUGUUUCAUCUUACGCAUGAACCAUUAAUGUCGAGAUUGAUGAUGCGAAUGUUGUGAACAUUUAACAAUAAAGACAGUUUUAUUUUUCCUAAUUCAUAGUUAAUAACGAACGAUUUAAAACAUUACUCCUAUGGAGUGGAGACGUUUUGAGAAUAUGUGUUGUAAUUGUAUAACUAUAGUAUAAUUAAAGGACGAUACUAUGUUCACCAAUGAUUAAUUACUAAGGUCAGAGAGUCAAGGAUAAAAGUAUAAUGUCUAGAUAAGUAGUAAAUGAUUAUAUCUCUAUAUAGGUACGAUUACGCUACCGCACUUUCGAAUCACCUGACAAGGCAAGGCAAAUCGUAUUUUGAAAUGGUUUUGUUCCUAUUUGUGUAGGUUCCCAUAUCUACAUAAUAUUAUAUUAAAAUUUUUGACAUGAACUGCUUACAUAUAAACUGUUAUAAAUAACCUCAGUACAGGGCUUCCAUAUCCACUUCUGUAUUCUGCUGUUUCAAAUUAAUAUUCAGCAUUGUAAUUGUUUAUUAUCACAAAACUAACACAAAAAUACUACGGAAUAAGGUAUAGGAAUAAACAAACAUAAAAAUGCGUAAAAUAUAAAAAAGUUAUUCAGCCGCCAUUUUGAAAUAAUCACAUUUCAAAAUGGCGUCUAAUUUUAACUUAUUUAUUACAGUUUUAUCCACGUAUUGUCAACUAUGUUGCAAUUACAAUUUAAAAAUAGUAUUAAAAAUAUAUUAAAACUGAUUUAUUUAACAACGAACACAAUUUGCCCUUAUGUUUAUUUGGAUCGUGGAUAUGGGGCCCUUACUGUUAAUAUGUAUUAUUAUAAAUAAAAAAAAAAAACCACAUUGUCAAGAAUUUCUAAGUAUUAAUAUGAAACAGUCAUAUGUAGUGAGGCCAGUUAUAUGUGUAGUUAUGUCACGAUAUAACGUUAAUGUAAGGUAAAAGGAUAAAAAGGUUUUAAGCUAAAUAUUGGUUAACUAUUCUAUCAAAAUUACAACAAUUGUAAUUUAAAAAAAAAUUAAUUAUAUAUAAAUACAACUAUAUAUAUAUAUAUAUAUAUAUAUAUAGUUAACAAUUACAAUGGUCUGUACCAAGUAGAGGUGAAUUAGGAACUUUUUUCUAUGGGAUUUGUUUUAUAUGUUGCAAAUUAAAUUUAUUCAAUUGAAUGUAACUUUGAUAGAAUCUCGUUUAUGUGACCCACACUACUACAAUAUUAAAGAAAAACAAAAUAUUAUUAACAAAUUCUUAAUUGUGUAAAUUAAGAAGUAAUUUUAAUGAUAUGUAGUGAUUUAUGACGUGUUGAUAUUGCAUCUAGAUUGAUUAUUAGAUUAGAUUUGUAAUAAAAAUACGUCUAUAAUAAAAAAAAAAUCGUGUACGAAAUGCCCUGAAAAUGUAAGAAAAACACCAUCAACAACCUCUUGACGUGAUACCAAUCAAAAAUAUCCAUAAAAAUUCACCAUAUAUCUUUUAUAGUGCACAAAAAGUGUAUGCGAAUAAUUUUUAAUUAAACUGAGCGUUCAUACUCCUAAUUGCAUUAGUAUAAAAUUCAAGAAUUAAAAACAUAAAUAUAGAGUAAAAAAAAAAACAGUGUGAGGAAAUAAAAAAAAAAAUCAGGCCAUUUUGUAUUAAAGUACUCGGAAUGAGACUAUUUGGUUGUAGACUGUCUUUUGACAGGUGGCCGCCAUUUUGUCGUUGCAGCAUGACGUAAUUAACGAAUUGAAUAAAUCCAAUUGUAACAGAGGAACGGUCAGAGUAUUGUAAAGAGAGCAAUAGACAAGAGAAAAGUGAUAUUAAAAUUAAAUUCAAAUGUAAAACAAACAUUAGUUAUAGCUGAAUAUUUUUUGGCUUCCCAAAAGAAUGAGUAAAAGCAUACAAAUCAAGUAGCCUUUAUUGUUAUAUUAAAAAUUAUGAAAAAUUAAAAUAAAUAUUUGAAUUAAAUAUUAUAUAUAUAUAUAUAUAUAUAUAUAUAUAUAUAUAUAUAUAUAUAUAUAUAUAUAUAUAAUAUCUAUCUUCAUUAAAGAAGGUUAUAACAAGUGGUGAUUGUACCGUGAACAUCAAAAUUGAUUUGAUACCAAUAAAUUAGGGCUUUAAAAAGGCAUAUUUGGUCCGCUAGAUAAAAUAAAUGUAUCCAACAUGCAUUCAGUUGGUACUAGGCAUGGGUAAUAGUCAAUAAUACCGAUCCGAUAUCUAUAUACUGGUUUCCUCUGUAUAUUUACUAUACUUAUUUCGAUAUCGCCCGUAUCGACCAUGUUUAAAUUCUGUUAUCCAAUAUUAUUUUUUGGAUUUACAAACUUUUAAUAUAUUUCUCAUUGGACCAUUAUACAGAUAUUGUAACUAAAAUAUAUAGUUAUUGCUAUAUAUUAUUCAAUCCUAUUGUAUGAGACACCAGACUUUUUGUGUCAUUCUGUCUCAUGAUCUCGCUCGCGAUGACGAUUUCAUCAAUGGAUUCGCUUUUCUGGUUUCUCAACACGUUACAGUUGAGUAUAAGACGGAUGGUUCUAACACUAUGACGUUUAGUAUCUCUUUUUUACAACAACUUUUCCGUAAUCCUAUUCGAGUGUAAGUGAGAUGGCCAAUAAAGUUAUUAGUUAAAAUACUGGCUUCAAUAUUGUAUUAACAACGGAAUCUCCAUUUGCUUAUAAGCUUCUUUUAUAUCUAAUCUGCACCUAUUUAAAAGUAUUUCAAUGGGAAGACAUUAUUUCUAUGACAGGUGAAAAUGGUUGUGUACCAAAUUAUAACAUUAUAAUGUAGUAUAAAGGCCCCAAAAGAAAAUACUAACAACGCGUAAAAUAUUAAGGACUGUGCUCACUAUACCGUGUACCGCUACUAACCGCUACAGGAGCGUGUCAGGCACGAAAAUUGUCAAAACUAGAUAUGCGUAAUACCCAAUAUCUAUGUAUUGAGUUCGGUUUAAUGUUUACCCAUUGCGAUAUCGCCCUUAUCAUUAGAUAUCUGUAUAUUACGAGAGGUUUCUUUUCGAUAUUAUAUAAUCGAUAUCUAAUAUAUCUGUUAUUGGGCUAAUAUAUGUAUAGAUAUUGUAACUACAAUAGAUAGAUAUUGCUCUAUAUUAGUCACUUUUAGUUGAAACACUGCUUUGUCUAUUACAGUGGCUCACUUCUAUUAUAUAGUUUUUCUUCUAUUUUCAAAUACUUAGUAAUUGAUCACGUUGUAAUUGCGGAAUAAUUGAUUAUUACUAAUUUGUAGUUAAUUGGCCUCCAGUUUUGACGGUUUAAGCCUGGAAUUAUGGUGUUGAUAGUGUUGGUGUGGAUUACGUAGUGGGGUUUGUCCCACAAUAAUCCAUGCAAGGAAUAAUUAUGUAUGCCUGUUUGCCAGCCUUUCACAUAUAAAAUCUGUAUAGUUUCAGUCGCGGUAUGAGACGGCGUAGUGAGCACAGAGGUUGUUCUGAAAAUGUAGUUACAUUGUAAAAUGACCCUUACUAAAGACUGUCUCUCAUGUGAAACCAAUAAACUAAAUGAUCUUCCCCUAGUUUUAAUUACAAAAAUGGUUGAUUGUGUCUCUCCUUUGCUAAACUUUUUUUUUGUCUAUGGUUUACUACAAGGUCAUGGCAAAGGAAAUGAUACAUUCAGCUCAUAUUUUAACGGUUUUCGGUAGAAUAACUAUUUAUGAUAUAGUAAGAAAUUAUGUAUAUGUAUAUAUUAUAAUCGAAUGAUACUAGGUGUAAGUAUAAAAAUCAUGGAAAUUAAUAGAACCAAAAAAAAAAAAAUGUAGCUAUGUUUGAAUUUUCCUUAGAUUUAGUCGUUAGAUUAGAGUUUCGAGCCUUCUUCGAUGCAAUUUGAGAGCAAUCUACUAACUUGCACCUAACAUUGUAAAAUAUCGAAUUGUUAAGUCCACCAAAUUAUUAAUAUGCGACUAAAUACUACAAAGAUAUACCUUUUAUAAACUAACGGAGUCUCGAUGAGUUGAUAUAAAUGUACAGUUACCUGCAAAAAUAUAUUAGUACUAUUUUACAACAUUGAUCUUUCAGAUUAGAAGCUUCUAGAAUAUUUAUUUCCUUUUUGUAUUCGUAUUUAUGUCUUUUUAUUCAUAUUGUGUGCAUUUUUCUAUAUUGUUAUACAGUGAAAGGUUUAUACCAUCGGGCAGUUACAUAAUUUAAACACAGCUCAGGUAUUUGACUUUGGUGUUGCCAGCUUAUAUUCCAUUAACAAUAUUGUUUGGAUUAUGUAUUUUUGUGGCUAACUGUACAUAGACAGGACAAACCUGUGAGCGCAGAAACUGUUAAUGUGAUAUUCCUAGAGUUUAGUUGUAAGUUUUUAAGUAAAACAAACCAUGUAUGUACGUAGGGAGUUUCUUGCCUAUUUGCAACUGACAGACGGUAGUCGAAGAGAAACGAUAAAUAGUAAUCAACACCGUAUGAGUUUUCCGGACGUCUUAUUAUUUUCUAUGUAAUUAUUUUUUUGAUGGGUAAAAAUAGUAUGGUAACCCCGCCUGCGCUAACGGGAUACGCUGGCGGAGCACCAGUGAAGGGUGAUAGAUGAGAAUGAAAACAGGCCAGUUAGCCCAUCAUGAUGAAUUCAUCAGGAAUUAACCAUGAUUUCCAGGGGGAACCACGUGGAGGUCGACCUGUUUGGGUAUAUUGCUAGCAAUGGGAUUCUCAGUCUCCGUUACUAACAAUCCCUUUCCCCCCCUUCUAUUUAAAUUAUAAAUCCAUAAAUUAUAAUAGAUAUAUCCGGGAAAUUCAUACAGAUUUGCCACCAUAAUGCACCGUAGUAACAGUACGUGAAAUUUUCACAAAUUCAGAAAUUAAAUGUCUAACAAUUUUGAUUCUAAAACAACACAAGAUGACAUUUCGAAUGUUUUAAAUUUUUUGUUUAAAAUUUGUAAUUUUUUAAUCCGUUUAUGGCAUUGAUUUUGUCACCAAUUUUUAAUAAAAAGUUUUAACUAAAAUCAAAUACUUCUUAAGUCUACAUGUAAAUGUGAAAAAAAAAACAAUAUUUGAAAAAUAUUGUGUAUGUGUAUGAUUGUUUUGUUUUCCCCAUGUUCGACAUUAUUAUUAGAUUUAUUAUUACACACAGGUUUUGUCAUACAGAAUGUAUGUAAAAAUACAAUAUUAAUAGUUUUAGAAUUCUGUUGUUAUUUAAUCUUAAUUUCUUUUUAUACUUUUGGCGCAUCGCAAGAACCCAAAGGUGUAUGGAAGUGAUUGUACGAAACGGGUAUAAAAAUAAUAGAGUUGUUCUACGAUUUUAGAGCAUCUAGUAAAACUUUUGAUUUUA